AUGAUUAAAUUAUUAUUAGUUUUAAUGAUAGUAUUAUUAUUUAAUUCCCAAGUAAUGGCUCAAUCCAGACCAUGUGACAAGGUUCAAUGCUCUAUUCCAAGAUGCCCACCAGGUUCAAAAUUAACAGUUUCACCAACAAUAUCCUGUUGCCCAUUCUGUGCUAGAUAA